AUGCAUAUGGAAUCUCAUUCAUCAAUCGCUAUGUUUAUUAGUGAAAUACCGGUACGUUGUUAUGGGCAAAAAACUAUCAAAUGGAUUCGAGACUUGAAUUCUCGAACUACCGCGCAAGAUAUCAUUCUAUCUGUAUUGCCAUUGUGUGAUCCAAGACAUUAUGCACUUUAUAUUCGUACAGGUCGUCAGCGACAAAUUAUAAAUGAUGCGUCACGUAUUUAUAAAGUUGUUGCUUCGUUUAAUCAACAACGAUGUGCAAGACGUUUACUAUUUGAAAUCCACACUAAAAAAUCGACACAAUCAAAAAAACAUGUUCGAUUUGCUGAUGAAAUUAUUGUACAAAAUAUUCAAGGCCGUUGCGUAUCGAACGAAAAGAGUACAGCAAAUAUUAUUGAAACAAUAUCAAUACCCAUUGAGAAACGUUUAGAAAAAUUAAAAGAAAAUUUUCAAAAACGAAUUCAACAAAGACAAGAAAUUCAUGUAAAAUCAUCAUCACAAUCUAAACGAACAAGUUUAGGAGUCAUCAAUGCAAAUAUUCCUAAACCUGCCUGUGUACAGCAGGCAAAAAUACGACAUAUUUCACGUUCAUCAAGUGAAUCAGGUAUCAGUUCAAGUUCAUCCAACGAUGAUCUAGUUGUACCAACAACAACGUUAGAAACACUUGUGUAA